CAGGGGCAAGUGGCAGAAGUUGCUUCAACCUAAUUGUCUUUCUCUACUCGUACUGUCCUCAAAUGACUUUCUCUCUGUCUCAACUCUCCCCUCCCUCCCUUCUUUGCUUCUCUCUAGCUCUGCCCAGUCUCUGUCUCCGUCUGUAACUGUAGCCUGUUUUUUUUCUCCCUCCCACUCCCUGCGACGUAUAGAUACUGCAUUGAUCAGACACACGCGCGCAGACACAUGCACACACACAGCCUCCCACUCCUUUCAUCAUUGAUUCGCUCUGCUCUGCUCUGCUCUCUCUCUCUCUCUCUCUCUCUCUCUCUCUCUCUCUCUCUCUCUCUACACCGGCACUUGUUGAAUUCAACCCUUGGAGAAUAGAGAGAGGGGAGGGAACCAAAGAGAGGUAAUGACAGGGAGGCAGAGGGAGGCUUUGAGACAGCGCUAGAAUAGACUGUGAGCAGAGAGAAUGGGGCUUUGGAGGAUAUAGAGAUUGAAGAUAGGCUGGGAAAGAUAGACAGAGGAAAAGUCAGUCAAGACUGCGGAAAGAAAAUCAUCUUUGAGAAAGUGGGAAUGACACUUUAAUUGAAAGAGAGAGUCAACCAGACGGAGUACAUCACAGUAUUCUCCUUCCAUCUCUAACUACUCCUCUUCUGUCCUGCUGUUGGUGUGCUAGUGUGUGCCAAGGCUCCAUGGUGUGUUUUAACCAGAAGACUGGCUUACACAGGUCAGAACUGUCUGGGAUAACUAUGCCUCUCUCAGUGGCAGACUCUGCAGUAAAUAUCUGAAACCCCAUUUUCCUAUUCCUCUGCGGCCAACAUGUCCCAGCUGCUCCAUGUGGAGAUCCCGAACUUUGGAGCUACAGUUCUGGGCUCCCUUAAUGAGCAGCGCCUGCUGGGACACUACUGCGAUGUAUCCAUACUGGUCAAAGGUCAGGCUUUCAAAGCGCACCGGGCCGUUUUGGCUGCCAGCAGCCUCUACUUUCGUGACCUCUUCAGCAGCUCCACCAAGAGCCAGUUUGAGUUGCCCUCCUCAGUCACACCUGCUUGCUUUGAGCAGAUCCUCACUUUCUGCUAUACAGGGAAGCUAACAAUGGCAGCUAGUGAACAGCUGGUGGUCAUGUACACAGCUGGCUACCUCCAAAUUCAGCAUAUAGUUGAAAGAGGCAUGGACCUAAUGUUCAAGGCAAACUCACCUCACUGUGACUCGCAAACAGCAGGGUCUUUAGAGGAAACAGGAUCUGAGCCGCAGAGUCCUUGUAAUAAUGGAAACGGCCUAGCGGUGGCUGCCCUUUUGGGAACCCCGGUCUGGUCUCCAUCCCUACUCAUGCCACCACGUAAGAUUAAACUAGAAGGGGGUGACCCAACACCAUUGACAAUACCUUUAAUGCAAAGCAAGAUUUCGUCUUCGGAGUUUGGGAGUCGUCUGGCGAGGGGCGGUUCACUGUUUUACACGACAGCUGGUGGGACCCCCAUCCCCGGUAUGCCUCCGUAUCACCUUCAAGGGGCCGGUGGGGGUGGAGCAGGAGGAGGAGCAGGAGUUGAAAGAUCCAGUCCUGAAGCAUCCAGCCUGCCAACCACUGACAGUCCCACAUCCUACCAGAAUGAGGACGAGGAGUUUGAGGAAGAGCCUUGUGAUGGGAUCACAGAGGAUGCCUACAGUCAUCUCUAUGGACGUUUAGCUAACCCUUACGGGAUCCAGGACAAGCCAGAGAUGGCCGCGAUGCCCUUGGCCUUGGAGAGCCGCAACUGUGUGCUGAUCCGCAGGGACCUGGUGGCACUGCCUGCAAGCCUCAUCAGCCAGAUAGGCUACCGCUGCCACCCUAAGCUCUACACUGAGGGGGACCCGGGGGAGAAGCUGGAAUUGGUAGCUGGUACACAGGUGUUCAUGACCCGAGGACAGCUUAUGAAUUGUCAUCUAUGUGCUGGUAUCAAACACAAAGUCUUGCUUCGCCGUCUGCUAGCCACGUUCUUUGAUAGAAACACUUUAGCCAAUAGCUGCGGGACAGGUAUCCGUUCUUCUACUAGUGACCCCAGUAGGAAACCCCUGGACAGCAGGGUCCUCAACGCUGUCAAACUCUACUGUCAAAAUUUCAACCCCAACUUCAAGGAGAGUGAAAUGAAUGUGAUUGCCGCUGACAUGUGCACAAAUGCAAGGCGUGUCCGCAAGCGAUGGUUGCCCAAGAUCAAAUCCAUGCUGCCUGAUGGCAUGGAGGUGUACCGUGCAGGAAUGGGCAUGGGUGCUGCUGUGGGUCUGGGCCUGGCACUGGGUGCCUCUCAACCAGGAGUACCCCUCCCCUUUGAGCCUGAGUUCAAGGCGCUAGAGCAAAGGUUGUAUCCAGAUCGUAAGAACCCUCUCAGGACUCACCCACCACUGACAGAGGGUAGCCCUGGGCCUGGGGCAGCUGCAGCAGAGGCAGAAGGUGAAGGAGUAGUCCAGGAGGAACAGGAGGAAGAGGAAGAUGAUUCUGGGUUAGAUGGUGUAGACGGAUCACUGGGGGCGCCAAAUUUGAUCCCAGGAGCUGAGGCAGGCAAUAGUGGUGACACGCCGCCUGAGCAGGAAGUGGAAGGUUUUGGACAAGGUUUGAGGGUGAACGGACAGUGA